UGAAUAUGAAGCUUAUUUUAGAUAUCGUGAAAAAGAUUUUAAAUUAGUAGAAUAUUUGAUAUAUCAUUUGUUUUAUGGGAAAAUUACACAUUUCAAUUAUAAUGAAAAAAAAGAGGAAUUUUAUAAAGCUUAUAAUUUAUAUAAAAAAAAAUAUGAAGGUGGAAAACCCGAAUUGAUAUCUGAGGCUGAUAAAAUGUCUCUAGAACCAUUUAUAAAUUUACUAGUUCAAAUAAAAAAUAAUUUUACUAAGAGCCAUGUACUUUCAAUAAGAGUAAUUAAUAAAUUAAAAGAAUUUGGAUGGGUUGACAUCAAUCCUUUAGAAAAUGAGGAUGUAUCAAGUGCAUAUAAGAGAUUAAAAAUGUCUUCAAGGUCCUGCAACAAAAUUUUAAACAUAAUUGGUAACAACAUUAAUAACAUAAUUUUGGAGCCAGAUGAUCCGUUGUUAUCUGCAACAACAUUAAACAAUUACAAGCUUUCAGAGUCUUUAAAAAUGCUAAUUAAGGAAAAUUACAAUGGAACAUAUUUUGAUUCUUCACUUUUUAAAAAAAUAUGGGCAAAUAAUGAAUAUAAGAAAAGAUCAAAACAUAUUAAUGAAUUAACAUUUUCCCAUGAUUUCAUGGAAACCAAAGAUCGAGGUGUGUUAAAUACAAUUGAUGUAUUAGGACCUUUUAAUACUGACGAUUUAAAUGUGCAAGAAAUAUUUUUUGGUGAAUUGUCAAAUGGUCCAUUUGCAACUGAUCUAACACAUGUAAAGAAUGACAAUACAAAACUUGGUAAACUUGGAAAAGAUUCAUUAGAUCGCAUCAAGAGGACAUUAUUCAUACAAGACAUUUCAAUAAUUUUGAUGACCAAAAAUAUUGUAUCCCAUUUUAUCGAAGAAUCCUCAUAUCUAAGAUCAAAAUACCUAUGUUUAAUACAACCAGCAAAAUGUCAUUUUGAAAUAAAUGUUGAUAAUGAAUAUGAUGAAUGUUUUGAAACAUUUAGCACACCAUAG